CAAUCGAUCAAAAUCGAUGGUCAAACAAAGAAGACAUAUCUCCAUAACCAUAAAGGAAGCCUUCCUUUUGUUCAUCCUUUCUCCAACUUGGAAGCUCAUUCGCCACUUGUUUAGCCUCAGCCAUUAUAUAUAAAUACAUACAAACCCACUUGUAUUUCCUCUUUCUGUAGUCGUUCUCAGCUCACCCGAGUCCAACCAUGGCGGAUGCGCUAGUUUCAGCAGUCCUAAACCAGCUGUGUUCAAUCAGUUAUGAGCAAGCGAAACAAGAGGUUAGGCUAGUUAUGGGAGUUGACGGUGAAGUCGAAAACCUUAGAAGAAACCUCGAAGCCAUUCAAACCGUACUCAAAGACGCAGAGAAGAGAAAAAUGAAAGAAGAUGCGGUGAGGCUAUGGCUAGACGAGCUCAAAGACGUCUCAUACGACAUGGACGACGUGCUUGACGAGUGGGUCACCGCCAUUUUCAGCUUAAAGUUUGAGAAAGAAGAGAUUAACGGAGUAGUGGUUGAAAAUGGAUCCUCUGGCAAAAAGAAGGUACUUUUUUCAGUCAACUUCUCUUGCUUUCAAUGUGGUAAUCUUAUUUCUGAACCGGGUCGCCGCCGUAAGAUUGGUCGGAAGAUUGAGAACUUAAAUGGGAGAUUGGAGAGCAUUAGAAUUAGAAAAGAGUCUUUCAAUUUUAAUGUAGCGAGUAGCAGUCUUGAUGAGGCUAUUCGACCAAAUAGUACUUCAAUGGUUGAUGUGCCUAAGGUGUAUGGUCAAGAUGAGUUGAAGGAGGUUUUGGUUAGUCGUUUGUUGUCCGGGAGUGGCCUAGAUGAAAAGGGCCACCUUGAAAUCAUUCCUAUUGUAGGGAUGGGAGGAAUUGGAAAGACUACUCUAGCUAAACAAGUCUUUAAUGAUGAUAAGGUCAAGGCUCAUUUUGGGGAGGAGAGGAUGUGGGAGUGUGUUUCUCAACCGUUUGAUGAGGCCAAGAUUGCAAAUUCAAUCAUUGAACAAGUUGAUGGGGAGGCCCCAUUGAUUUUGGGGUUGGAAUCUUUAAUGCGGGUUUUCCUUAGAUGUAUCAAGAACAAGAAGUUUCUUCUUGUCUUAGAUGAUGUGUGGACUGAUGACUAUUUAAAAUGGGAACCCUUAGAACAGAGCUUGAAGCAUUGUGCGCCUGGAAGCAAGAUUGUAAUAACCACACGAAAUGAGGAAGUUGCGAAGAUGAUGGGAGACUCACACUUGAUUUGUAUGGAAAAGUUGUCUGAAGAGGAUUGUUGGCUGUUGUUUAGCGAAAUUGCAUUUUUUGGGAAGACUCAGGAAGAGCGAGAAGAUUUGAAACAAAUUGGCAAAGAGAUUGCGAGUAAGUGCAAGGGCUUGCCUCUUGCUGCGAAGAGCUUAGGCAGCCUCUUGCGAGUCAAGAAAACAAAAGAAGAGUGGUUGAGUGUGUUGGAAAGUGAGAUGUGGGAAAUAGAAAAGGUGAAAGACAAGCUUUUUUCAGCAUUUUUAGUAAGCUAUUAUGAUUUAUCUCCCAUUGAAAAAUGUUGUUUCUCUUAUUGUGCCAUUUUUCCAAAAGAUGUUGAGAUUGACAAAGAUGAUUUGAUUCAACAAUGGAUGGCUCAAGGUUAUUUAAGUCUGAAGAAAAAUGAGGAGGAGGAAUUUGUAGGUCGGAAGUGUUUUGAAAGCUUAGCAAUGCGGUCGUUUUUCCAAGAUUUUUCAUAUGAUUCUGAAGGGAGUAUUAUUUCAUGCAAGAUGCAUGAUAUAGUGCAUGAUUUUGCACAAUUUCUCACUUUGAAUGAAUACUCCAUCGUAACAAUAGAUUGUGCCAGAAAGAGAAUGGACUUGAAUGCUCGACAUUUGGUCUUGGUGCUUCCUUCAGCCUAUAUCCCGGUUUCAGUUUUGAAGAAAAAAACUUUGCGCACUUUUGUAGUUUUGGGUCCAUACGUUUCCACCAUAAACUCUGAUCUGUUUUCCUAUUUGACACGUCUUAGGACAUUGAAUUUGAGUAGCUGCUCCAUCAAAGAACUCCCGGAGAAUAUUGGCAAAUUAUUACAUUUGAGAUAUCUCAAUUUAUCUCAUAACCGAGAUUUGAAGAAGCUGCCUAGCACAAUUGGUAAUUUGUGUAAUUUGCAGACUCUAAGACUUGUCCAGUGUGGUCUUGAGAAGUUACCUGAAAAGGUAGCAAAACUAAGUAACUUAAGAUAUCUGUAUGUCUCUUCACUCAGCCUGAGUUCAUUGCCUAGAGGAAUUGGCAGGCUACGGAACCUCAGGACUCUAAAUUUGAGUCAUUGUGCUAUCAGAGAAAUUCCAGAAAAUAUCAGUGAAUUGAUAUAUUUGAGAUAUCUAGAUUUAUCUGAAAACAUUGAAUUGAGGUACUUACCUAGCACAGUGGGUGAUUUGUAUAAUCUACGAACUUUGCGACUCUACAAUACUGGUCUUGAAAACUUACCAGAAGAGGUUGCAAAACUGAUGAACUUAAGGCAUCUUUAUGUCUUUUCUAUUAGUUUACAAUCUUUACCAAAGGGAAUUGGCAGGUUGAGUAAUCUUCAAACGUUGAAGGACACAUAUAUCAGCGACAACAUUGAAAUGUUUCAGUUACAAGAUUUGAGACACUUAGACGAUCUUCGUGAUAUUUCUUUGAAUGGAUUGGGUGUGGAGGAACACAUUGGGGAGGCUGUUCAUGCUCAGCUAAACCACAAAUCGAAUCUCCUUGCUUUGAAGCUCAUUUUUAUGAGUGGUGAAGAUGGAGACAUGGAAAUUCAAAAGAACGUUCUUGAAGCUUUACAACCACAUUCUAAUUUAAAACAUCUGUUGAUUUACAAUUACUUUGGAAGUGUCAUUUUCCCUAGUUGGAUGCUGUCAUUAAUCAACUUGAAGAAGCUAGUCUUGGAUUUUUGCCCAAACUGUGAAACGAUUCCUCCUUGCGGUAAGCUCCCAUUCCUUGAAUCACUUGAGAUAUUGCUCUUGGAAAGUUUAAGAAGACUGGGGCCUGAAUUUUUGGGAAGGGAAACUAAUGAUGACAGUGGCGAAGGAACAAGUCAUGACAAUGGAUUAAGACACUCAGUUGCUUUGUUUCCAAAAUUGAAACGACUUGUUUUGAAACGAACAACAUUACUACAUGAAUGGGUUGGAAUUCCAGGGUGGAGAGUUGAUAGUUCUUUGAGAAUAAUGCCUCGUCUUGAAUUCUUGUUGCUUAACAAUUGCUGGAAUCUAGAAGCAUUGCCGAACUUUCUCAAGGCAACGCCAUUAAAGCAUUUGAUCAUAGAGCAUUCACCAAAACUUGAAGAAAGUUGCCAAAGGGAGACAGGAAGAGAGUGGGCCAAGAUUCGUCACAUUCCAUGUAUUCAGUUUACUAAUGAUAUUGGUACUUAGCACUGCAAUUUGCUGUAGUCAAAACUUAAUGCAACUGGGAUUUUCUAAUUUGAUUGGCUCUUCAGAGUAUGAACUUAAGGCUUGGCUUUAUGGUUACUAGCAAAUAAGUGGGAGCUGAGCUCAGAACACAUGAUGCUUCUUGAGAUGUCUUUCUUUGCUUUUAAAAAAGGCUUCAAGGUCUAGUGCAGGACAACCAUGUACCUCUUUGAUGUACCCGCCCCACCCUGAAAAUCUUCUGGGAACAGGCAGUUGUUAACUCAAAGUACCUGGAGGAGUUAGAAGAUGCCUGGCUGUUUUGUAACAAUGUUGGAGGCAUUUAUCAAAACCAACCUAAGCAGUUACCUUAUUUGGAAUAUGUUGAUGUCUCAUUAUGAAGUAGGAGCCAUAUUUUUUAAUAAUGAUUAGUUUAUUAAUCCAAUUAUUAAAAUGAGGGGUGACUUACAUGAAUCUUAAAUCUCCUCUGAUUAAUUUGUUUUGCUGCAGAAAACACUGUGGGGCUAAAAAAAAGUAUGCAUUUCUGUAAAGUACAAUGUCAAUAACUUGUGUACUAAUACAGAUUCCUUUUAUGCAA